CCCCACGUGGUCAGGCGCGCUCCUCCUGAAGCGCGGCCCCGGACCGGUCACGUGACGAGAUUACGCUGUCGGGCAUAGCCAAUGGAGCGUAGUCUGCUGCAGACAGCCAAUGCAGAGCUAGAGAAACAUCAUCUGGAUGUGGCCGAGGAUCUGUAUGGGAAAAUCAUAGACCGCUGCACACAAAAGAGCAAAUGCAGCUCUGAAGAUCUAGCGACUGCCUACAAUAACAGAGGGCAAAUUAAGUAUUUCCGGGUUGACUUCUAUGAAGCAAUGGAUGACUACACAGAGGCGAUACGAGUGAGCCCUAAUUUCGACGUGCCUUAUUACAACAGGGGCUUGGUCCUGUAUCGUUUAGCAUUUUUUGAUGAGGCCAUAAAAGAUUUCCAGAAAGUAUUGGAGCUAAACCCUCAGUUUGAAGAUGCAAAGAUCAGUCUGCAGCAAAGUAUUCUGGACAAGGAAGAGAAAAGGAAGAGGCUUUCUGGAAUCUAAAUAACAAUAGAUUUGCUUGAUACUAGUGUGAGUGUAUGUUAUGCACACAAUUAUGCAGAGAUAACAUAGAGGGUUGUUCCACCCAAAAUUUAAACUGGUGCUGACAAGAGAUGGGCUCGAAAUCCCACAUGCCCGAUCCCGCCAGAAAGCCGACACUGCACAGCACAAAUCACAGGC